UGUUUGUUUAUUAAUUAAGCGAACGAGAUUAUGAUUUAAUUAACAAUUUCAUCGCUAGAUGGUGCGAUUUCUAACUAUUUAUUUAUUUAUUUUUUUAAUUUUUAAUUUCAAACUUUUAAGUGUGUGCGAGGGUAUUAAAGUAAGUAAUUUCGUACGAAAAUGAUAAGCGAUUCGUAAUCGUUAUAUAUAACGCUAAUGUGCGGGGGUGUUUUUUUUCCUCUCGUCACGACAAUUACGUCAUUGUUGUUGUGGUAAAGAAGCAUGUGGAGUGGGAGCAUGCGCAAAAUAUACAACGAUGAACGUCAAUUUUACUUUAAGGCUCAACAGAGGCAAGAACGUAAGGAGGAGUGUGUUUUUAUAAACAAACAUGUUUAUCGAGAAAAUAUCAAAAAGGUUUUAUAAAUGCAAGAAAUGACAGCUAAAAAAGUCCUGAUUGCAUUGGGUAUUGCUACUAUAUGUACCAUUUUCAUCUUAAAUAAUGAGAUUAACUGGAAAUCGGUGAAUAAUUACAGCGUCGUAUACUCCAAUUAUAAUAUAGACGAGGAGGAACCAUUUCCAGAUCCUAAACAGUCCUGCAAACUUCCAAGAAUUCAUCCGUUCGAUGAGUCCAUCCUUCGAUAUCUGCAGGACUCUAAACCUAUUUACUGCAAAGUCAGACAGGAUCCUUUGACUUAUGUUAACGAUUCGGGUUUUUUGGUCUUUAACAAGAGUCAUGUUCGAGGUUCUUCACCGCCUAAUUGUGAUUUUAAAUACAUAAUUAGAAAAUCCGACGAUGUAGUGAUCUAUACCGAUUCUCAAAGCCUUCCAUUGGAGGGUGUCAUCUUGCAACACGAUUUUGUAAUUGUCUCGUGCUAUAAUUUCGCUGGAAUUUCUUAUUAUACUAACUAUCACGCUCAUAUCCACAGGAUAGCAUUGAAAAAAGUGGAGGAUAAAAGAAAAAGAUAUAAUGUCAUGCUCUUAGGAAUCGAUUCAUUGUCUAGACUCGCCUUUAUAAGGCAACUACCAAAAACUUAUAAUUAUUUAACGAAAGUUAUGGGUACUCAUGUCCUUAGAGGUAUGACUAAAAUCGGUGACAAUACUUUUCCUAAUUUGAUAGCUCUCCUAACAGGGAAAUUUCCAGAAGAGCUAGCCUUGCCCGAAGACAAAACCUACGAUCAGUGGCCUUGCAUAUGGAAGGAUUUCUCCAAAGAAGGAUAUGCUACGAUGUUCGUAGAAGAUCGUCCAGAUAUUAGCCUUUUUAAUUAUAUGAGAAAGGGUUUCCAUACUCAACCUACUAAUCAUUACUUUCGUCCAUUUAUGAUGUCCUUAGAAGAUUCAAAAGUUCAUCGUUUUAGUUCGCAUUUAUGCUUCGGCGAGACGCCUAAGCAUUUACUUCUUUUGAAUUACGCUGACAAGUUUAUUAAGAACUAUAACUCUUACAGGCCCUAUUUUGGCUUUAUAUUUUUCGUGGAGUUGAGCCACGAUUACGUCAGCCAAGUCAGCAUAGCUGACGAUGACUUAACAAAAUGGCUUCGAGACAAGUACGAGAAUGACUAUCUAAAUGACACUAUUUUUAUCUUAUUUUCCGACCACGGUCAUCGUUUCGAUUCGAUAAGGACCACUUUGGUAGGCAGAAUCGAAGAAAGGAUGCCAUUUUUCUCUAUAUACGUUCCUCCCUCGCUAGUAAGGGAAAAUCCACAAAUUAUGCAAACUCUGGAUACCAAUACGGGACGUUUGACCACCCCUUUUGAUACUUAUUACACUUUAAUGGAUGUUUUGAGACACAAUACGGGAUCCAAAUUAGGAUCUACAAGUUCUUCGCGUGGCACAACUUUAUUUGGGACUAUCUCCUCCGACAGGACGUGUCCUCAAGCUGGCAUAUCGGAACAUUAUUGCACUUGCGAAGUCGAAACUACUUUAUCUUUAUCGGAUCCUAAAUGCCAAACGGCGAGUACCCUUGUAGUGGAUGCCAUCAACCAUCUUAUCUUGGAUGAAUUUAGCAACAAUUCAAUUUGUAUCAAACUGAACUUUUCCAAACUUCACAGGUGUGAAGAAUCCUUGCCGAACAAUAAAGUUUUAACGAAUUCGCGAGUAUAUUUUGGUAAUUUAAUUAGCGACGAAGUGGCUAAAGAAGUGACUUCCAAGUUAAGGAUACUCGUUGAAGUGAUGCCAAGUGGAGGGCUCUUCGAAGCCACGGUUUUAUAUUCCAACGAUCACGGGACUUAUAACGUUAUAAACGAUAUAAGCCGCGUAAAUAAGUAUGGAAAUCAAUCGUCUUGCAUCGUCGAUCCUGUUCUUCGUAAAUAUUGCUAUUGCAACAAGUAAUUGUGAUAAUGUUUAACAAUUUUCACUGCCAGAAAAAAACAAGGAAUUUUUUAAUUUUCGUGUGUAUAUUUUGUAGAAGAAGAAGAAAAAAAAAUUACAUAUUUUUCCAUUAAAUUAUUACACUUCAAAAGCUUUGAAUGUGCCUAAACCAUGGACCAAUUUGUCUAAAACUAGGACCAAAGUAUGAAUACCAAGCUGAUUUUAUUUUUACAACUUGUCUAUUUAAAGUUAGUUCGUGGUCCAUUUUUUGAGCAAGCUGUACCGUAACAGUAUUAAAAAAAAUGACAGCAGUAUCUAAUGGUGCUAAGUUAAAUAAAAUGCUUAUGUUUAUUAAUAGUUGUUAAUGAAUGUGUUAAUCAAUAGUUCAAAAUGUGGGCGGUGUCGCCUCCAGUGUGGAUUAUCUAAGUAGGCGAUAUGAAAGUAGGCAGUUGGAGGUGACGUUUUUCACUUAUGACUGAUCAGUUUUAUUCAAUAACAAAUUUUAAUUAAAUAUGAUGUUAAUUGUUUUCCUUAAUGAUUCGUGUAAACUUAUAUUCUAAAAAAAUACGUUGGAGUAAGGGGCUCUAGAAUGGAAUUUAUGGAACCACUCAAGCAAGGUCUUUCUUACAUUUGUACUCUAAGGAUAAAAAUUUAUUUAAUUUAUAGAAACUUAAGGUCUUAAAUUACUACUAUCGAUUCCCUCGAUCAAGUUUGGAACACGUACACAAAACCAUUAUAGACUUAGAUGUAUAAUUCGUGAGUAACAAAAUUAAUACGUGUAAAGUCUGUUGUUAAAAAUACAAUUUUUCAAGAUAUAAAAGAAGUUUUUUUAUAAAUUAAGAUUUUGUAAAUAAAUUUUACAGCAAUAAUAAUACAAAUUAGGAAAUAAUGUGUUUAUAUGACGAAAUACUUUAACUGAUUAUUAAGGAUAAAUUGUUAAUGGUGGCAAUAAUGCAUUUGCGUAAUAAUAAUAUAUUAACAUAUGACAAAGAACAAGAUGAAUUCUUACAUAAAUGUCAUUUAUUUCACAAUAUUUUAUCAUAUUAUAAUGAUUGAUGCACACGCAUUAGUACAGAAUCGAAAGCAAUUCUUGACGAACGAUCUACAAAUACCCAUAAAAGUCAAUGCAAAGACCGAAUCCAUCAUGGUCGAUGGCAAAAUGUAUAGAGUUAUGGAUACCGAUCUUCCUAAAUCUAUAAUUAAUUUGUAUAAAAAAUUACGCUUAGAAAUAAGAGAAAGUAAUCGAAUUUGGAAGAAAAUAAAGCGAGAGAAACUGUAUAAAACAUUUAAAGAUUUAUUAAAGUACAAAAUUGGACCUUUUGUAGAGGAAGCAAUAGAAAAAGAGCGGCUCCGAUUCCUCCGUAAGCGCGAAUUUUUCAGCAAUCUUCAUCGAAAUCCUCAAUUUUGGGACGAACUAGACAACGAUGUAGUGUCUCAAUUCGAAGAUAAAUCGAUUAGAAAUAAAACAAACUCUAAUAAGCCCAUAAAUAUUGUGUUGAUUUCAGUUGCAGUGGCAAUUUUCAUGGCUAUGGUCACUGCUUGGUUAAUACUAAAGAGAAAUGGCAAUCCUCAUAAAUUCUACUCAGUCUCUACCUGCGCUGUCGACCAGAAGAAUAUAAUUACAACGAAACCUAAAAUGCAGACAGAUAACUUGACUAAAUUCCCAAAAAAUACGAAGAAACCAGAGCAGCCGAAGAUACAAAAAUUCGAUUUAGUAAAGAAGGAUGAAGUACCGAAGAAGACGACGGCAUUUUUAUCUUCGGAUAAAAUAUCAAAAAAAA